UUUCGAUUUCGAUCUCUACGAAAUUUAACGGAUAGGGAUGUGUGUAAGAAAGCUAGGGAUUUGGGCAAAACUUAAAUGCAAAUUGGAAAUUGGGAAGAAGAAACUGUGACAGACGAGGAAAAAAAAAA